AUGUUCAACUUUACAUUCUCAUUUUCCGUGCCGGGCGUGCCGAACCCGUUCUCGUAUGCGCCAGCGGAGGAGCCGGAUCGAGACAGGAAGACCCCUGCCGUCGCGCCCUCUGCACCCCUUCGUAGGCCGCACCCGGCCACCCUGCCGCCGGCGCUGCCGCUGAGCAGGAAGCGGGGCUGGGUGCCGAGCGAGCCGGAGGUCAGCCAGGCGGCGACGAUCCCCGCGUCAUCGAGCGGCUAUUUGGACACCCCUGCGAAAUACCGCGACUUUACGAUCACGCCCAACGUGCGGGUGGAGGACGAGGUGGAGGAGAUGGUAGCCGAUCUCCCUCCCGCAAAGCGCCGGCGCACCCUCGCAGGCUCAAUUGUCUCCACGGCCGUGUCUGCGGCGCUUAUCGGCACUGCUGUUGGCCUCACCGUAUACCGUCUAUUCAGCUGGCGAGACCGCGGCAAGGAUGGCGGCCAAGACGGCGUGCCCACAGAACCUCCCCCACCCUACGCUCGCGGUGACUGGCCGCACGGCGACGAGCAACACCACCAUUCCGCGCGCCACGAGGCGAACAACCUUCCUGCAGUGAAUGUUGUUCCGCCCACCCCGAAUGCUGGCAAGCGAGCAAGGCGUACGGCACCAGUUGCUGGCAAGCGUACGCCUAUCCGCCAGCGCCGCCCUCGCCCGACUCUUCAGCCGACUGUUGCCGCAAGACCUGCAUUCGCCCGCGAGCCGAGUCCCACGCCCUCACUAGCGCGUUCGCCUGUUCGUCCCGAGUUCAACUUCUCUUCCAUCCCAGCCGACCUGCCAGACGAAGCGGAGGAUCAAGAUCCCGACGAGUCGAUGGACUGGAUGGGGGAUAGGCUCGCUCAGUUGAUCGCGGAAGGUCAACGCGCGUUGGGCAAGGAAGUCGUGGUCACUUCCGAAGCGCCUGAAGACGAAGAAGACGAUAUGUCCGGCGCGUGGGACGACGAGCCCGAACCGUCACUAUCCGCCGCAUCAUCUCCCCGUCGUUCCCAAUCCAACCGGUCCCGCCGUCGUCGACCUGCAGCGCUCGGUAUCCCUAGCGCAUUCACUGCAAGUACAUCGGCCUUGCCGUCCCCACCAAUGUCCGCAACCUCGUCAACCUCGGCGUAUGCUUCGUCGAUGUCGAUGUCGGUUCCGAUGAUGGGUCACGAGCGCGCAAGAAGCGAAGGCGCCGGACUCGGGUUCAGCGAGGACUCAUCAAGCUGGCAGAGCGCGGAGAUGCGUGAGAGCAUGGAGCGCGCGCGGGCGCGGCUGCUCGCAAGCCGUGCGCGCUGA